AAAGCUCCAAAGCCAAACAUUGUUGGCCGCCGGUGAGAAACUCGGUCUGGGACGUGACAACCAGCUUAAAUCGGUGAAUACUGAUAUAACUCGGCAUUGCAAACUAUCUCAAAUAACCAUUUGAGUGUUAUUGGGCUAAGGGCGCUUUUUAGAGGCAGCCUCACAGAAUGGAUCACGUUUAUUCAGUGUUGAAGCGGUUUCCCAGCUCUGUACCGUCAAGCACAGAAUGGCUCACGGAAAGCAAGACUGUCUGCUCUGUGUCGAGUCACAACACGCUUGCGUUCACUUCGUCGUCAGACGUUCAAGAACCCGUCGGGAAAAUCACCUGCUUUCAUGUGUUUGUUGUUGACCUCAACAUGCCGUGGGAUGCACACAAAGUCAUGACGCACUCCGAAGAAAUAACCUGCGUUGAAUGGGACGUUGGUGCAUCCAAGUUGCUAAUCACUGACGCUGUCGGGCAAAUUCAGCUAUGGUCCAUGAAGAAUUACUUGCUAAAUGACUGGACCAUGAUCGCUUCUACGUCGUUUCCGGGAGAGUACAUUCUGACGGGCGCUUGGUUUCACAAUGGGAAAAAGAUUGGAUUGAACAUGGAGAAGAAGGACAGCGUACUGUAUUUGGAAAAGUAUGUACACGUGCGAUUUGGCCCAUCAGUACGUCAGGUUGGUGGGAAACCAAGUGAGGGCUGCAUUGCUGUGACCAGCUCUGGCCUGGUGUGUGUGGUUAUAUUGCAGUCUGAUGAGACGGUCAUCACUGGCACUGAGAUUUUGGGGCUGUACAGAAGCCGACUCAAAGUUGUUGAUCUCUGUUAUGGAAAGAACGGUGAUUUUCUGGUUGUGACCAGUGACGGACUUGUACAGUCAUCAGUCCACUGCUUUCGCAUAGCACUGAAACUGAAUCAAGAUAAGUGCAUCAUCACCUGUCACCCCUUUUCAAGCUUUUAUCUCAACUGCCAUGCCACGGCUCAGUCCCGGGAAAAGCCUCCUCAUACGCGUGUGACGCACCUCAAUUUCGUCCUACGAGAAGCGGCCGAUGCUGUGGCUGUGUCAGUCUCAGGUUCUGCUGGUAGCACUAUCGAGCUGUGGGAGCUGCGAGAAAAGCCUGUGCGGUUCCACAAGAUGUUCCACACACCUUCUGUCGACACUGUUACCAAGACUGUAGGCUGGCAACACCAUGGAUCGACGACGUACACAUCUCCGGUUAUGGCUCUGUGCACACCUCGUCUCUCCAUUUAUGACAUGAGCCCGCCUCCUUCUUACAUUAUUGCUGCCUACAAGGACAAUGUCAUCAAGUGCUUUUCAAGGGAGUUCAUGAACACCCUGUGCUGCAUCAACAUCAAUGCUGCGUCCCAUCGACGUGAUGACCAUGGCAUCAAGUACCAGCAUCUGAGCGCCACAGUGUCCCACAUGCAACUGAGCUGGACCAGCAGUGUGAUGGUGGCAAUCGACUCUCUCUCACAGGUCUACCUCUUCAGGCUGGCACCAGUUACAGAGCCCAGCACUCCAGUCAGCCCCAGCUACACGAUGACCCUCCUGGAGCACUGCCUCAUGACCGGCACUGACUGGUGGGACGUCCUUCUCAGCAUGAGACCAGGAGUGAUAGAAACCAUUUGUGACAAGUUCACUGAAAUUUUCAACAAGCAGCCACCUGGAAUGCAGCAGUGCUUUCUUAGUAGAUUUCUAUCUAUCAAGGGAUCCCUGUACAGGUGCCUCAACAAUGGCCAGCCCAAGGCUGGCGAUUGCCACGCCCAGAUCAUGCUGAAUGCUGUGUCCGCUGUGAUGAAGGGCCUGCUUAGACCCAGAGACAUGUCUAGCCAUGAGAAGGGCCCUGCUGAAACACUUUCUGCUGUUAUGGGCAGCCGGGAAGUGAUCAGCAAUCUGGACAAGGUGCUGCUUCACCUCGAGACCAAGGAGUUCUCGGUGGAGCCCUUGAUCCUUCAGUCGCUGCAGCAGCUCACCCAGUGGGUUGCUGACCUCACGCUGUACCUCAUGGCCUCUCUGCCGCAGCAGGUCUACAACAACAUGCGUUUCCCAGGGGGUGGCCUCAUCUCCGAUGCCAAGUCCUUGAACAUGCUUCGUGAGCUGUUGGUCAUUUUCCGCAUGUGGGGAUUCAUCAGCGAGAGCUGUCUUCCCGCCUACACCAAGAUGACAGACAACCUGGAUGUGCUCUCGCUCUUAUUUAAACUUUUAACCAAGACUCUGCUCAACCACGGUUCCGAACCUGAUGAAACUCUCUUGGAUGAGUGUUGCCUUUUACCGAGCCAGAUACUCAUACCAUCUAUCGAUCUUGGAAACCACACAGAAGGUGUGGCCAGUCCUGCAUUCUUCCUCAAUUCAUUGCCAAUGCAGUUUGAGUUCGGCAUAACUCCAGACUUUCUGCACGUGCCUUCCAAGUCUCAUCCUGUGGAAGGGUCCGUGUCCAUGCCAAGCAAGAUGGACAUCGUGCGGCACAUUAGCCUCGGAACGAACCCUUCUUCGGCGAGGCACUGUACUAGGUGCUUUUCCAUGUCGAUGGUACGGCCUGGAGUGAAGGCAGGCACCAUUCGGGCCUGGGAACAGCGGUGGGUGCGGUUUUGUCCCUGUGGAGGCCAGUGGAGGCUUGUUGCGUAGCCAAGGGCCAUUUGCUAUUCAUCCUUUGUACAUACAUUCACACAUUGUAAAUGAAAAUGCAUCUUACU